AUGAGUACCUAUGGACAAGAACUUAUAAUUAUCUUGAAAGCUUCAUAUCCCGAAGAGACUGUGUUCAAAACUUUUGAAUUUUUCUAUGGAAAAAGAGCUUAUAUUAAACGUCUUUCGACUCAUGAUGAUACUCAACCGGUAACUACUAAUGAAACAAUACCAGGUGUUCCUAUUGAUCAUGAACAAUUAACAAGAUUUUUAGUUAAAUAUUUUCUUCAUUCGUUAGAACCUGAAAUUUUAAGAAAUACAAUUAAAACAGAUAAACAAAAAAUUUUAUCUGCAAAAAUAACAAAUCUUAUUGAUCCAGAACAAAUUUAUUUAAUUAAUAUUGAUGAUUCACGUACUAUUAUUUUUUCAAAUGGUGAACUUAUUUUGGCAUAUACUGAAGAUCAUAAACUCAAUGACUCUGCUGAACAAGAACGUAUUCAUGAAGCUGUAGGAAAAAUAUCAGAAACAUGUGCUGAUGAUGUUUUACGUGUAGAAAAUCAAUUAGCUAUGACACAUGUGUUAGGAGAUUUUGAAAUGGAUAAACAUAUAAUACCACCUACGGCAGAUAUUGUUAAAUAUCCAAGAAAUUCAUUAGGAGCAUUUGUUUUUUUUUACAUAUGA